CUUGAUUACUCCUCCCACCUCCAUAUAGCCGCCAUGCUUGCCCAUCCGCAAGCUUGCUCAUUCUUAGCUCUUCCUCCAUCUCCUCAACAUGACGACCCCAAUCUCCACCCAGUUAACCAAGCUAUUUAAUAUCACGAGCCCGAUUGUGUCGGCUCCCAUGGCUUUCGCCACAACUCCUGCUUUGGUUGCAUCUGUCAUCGAUGGCGGAGGGCUCGGAUUUCUCGCUGCAGGGUUGGAGCCCACCCAUAAGAUAGCAGAAGCCCUUGACCAGGCACGUGCCGCCCUCAGUAAGGACAAGCAACACCUUGUCGGCGUUGGUUUCCUCGGAUGGGUUCUGGACAAGUUCAACACCGAGGCGGAUCCUCGUCUGAUCACGGUUCUCGACAAGGAACCUGCUGCCGUCUGGUUUGCCUUCGGCCACAAUCUCGGUAAAUAUGUCGCCCAGGUUCGCGCGCACGACGCCGAUCACGACCACAAAACCCUCGUAUUCAUCACCGUCAACACUGUUGAGGAAGCGGUACGCGCUGCAAACAGGUGGAAGGCCGACGUGAUCGUUGCACAAGGCGAGGAAGCUGGAGGACAUGCAAGCAUCAGUUCUCCACCCACGGAAGAGUUGCUCCGGCUGGUCCUCGAGGCCAUCCCCAGCGGCCCUCCUAUCCUUGCGGCAGGCGGUAUCAGCACGGGGACGCAGAUCGCGUCGCUCCUAGCAAAGGGUGCAGCAGGGGUCGUUCUCGGGACUCGCUUCCUCUUCACGAACGAGUGCAUGUUCACAGAUGAGAUGAAGAAGGUGCUCGUCGAGGCGGGCCCUGGUUCAACCACCCGGAACCCUGCGUUCGACCUUGCGUUCGACCUUUUGCACCCUUCGAACGCCUGGCCCAGGGGUAUCGAGGCCCGUUGCGUCUCGAACGGCGUUGUGGCCGAUUAUGAGAAUGGACUCAGUCAAGCGGACAAGAAGGCACACUUGUUGAGUGGCAAGGAGGAGUACCUCCUGGUGUGGGCCGGCACCGGAGUCAAGGACUUGAAUAAGAUCGAGAGCACGGCGGAUGUGAUGAAGAGCCUUCAUAAUGAGACUGUCGUCGCUCUGAAGGCCUCGGCUCCUGAGCUGCUGUUGUGAAAUGCGAAGCGGCUGUAGUGAAAUCCCGUUGUACUAAUAUCUCACUCGCUAUCUGUUCUGUGUCGGAUGGUUGCAUGUAUUCAGUUCACAGUUCGACGGUCUUUCCAGGUAGAAUUGGCAAGCACUCCCACGCCAUUCGAACUACAGCGAUGAACUUGGAGCGGUGUUAAGUUCAAAGCAGAAAUAGCGAUUGAGGCAGUUGUG